AUGACAGAAUCUCCACAGUUGAGUGCGUCAUUAUUAAAAUUGAAACUACUCGACGCCUUGCGAGGUGGUGAUACCGACAAGAUUGAUUCCAUUAUCGAUGAAUUAUCUUCUUGCAAAGCUACAUUACAAACACAAGACAUUACCCAAUUGAAACAAACAGUUUUACAUUAUGCCGUUCAAGUUGCAUCAUUGUCAACCAUUCAAUAUCUCGUUAAUAAUGCCGACAAGUUUUCAUUGGAUAUCAAUGCCCAGGACACUCAAGGAAAUACCCCAUUACAUUUGGCUGCCUCUUCAUCAAGAUUGGAUGUGGUUAAAUACUUGCUUUCUUUGUCAAAUAUUAAUGAUACAAUUGUCAAUUUGGACAAGAAACAACCCGUGGAAGUUUGUAAAGAUGCAAACAUUGCCCAGUUGAUGCAAUUUGAAAGAGCAAAAUUUGUUGAAAAAGCUGCCACAGAUUUACGACAGUAUUUUAGCAAUAGAGAUUUUGACAAUUUAGAAAAAUUAUUAAUUUUAAAUCCAAGAGCCUCUGAAUUAUUAGACAUCAAUGGAGCAGAACCACUGACUGGCAACACUGUGUUGCAUGAAUUUAUCAAGAAAGACGAUCUUGCUAUGUGGGAUUGGAUCUUGAAACAUGGUGGUGAUCCAUUCAAACGUGAUAAACAUGGAAGAUUACCUAUUGAUUUGGUCAAUUCAAAGAAUGAUCCAUUGAGAAAAUUGAUUAAAACCGCUUCUAAAGAUCAAACAAUCAUGGAUCCAGUUGCUUCCACUAACAAUGCUAUAAAGACCUGGAAAUUGCGGCUGACGACAAAGUAUAUUUGCGGCAAAUGGACCAAAUUUUGCCUUCUGGUUAUAAAUUUAAGAUAUUUUAUGCUUGACCAAAUUGGGAUCUAA